UCCAGCUGUGGAGGCCUUCGCGGAAAAGGGGCACGAAAGCGGGGAGAAAGACGGAUGAGGCAGGAGAUCUUUAGAAUGUGAGGGGUUUGAUUCUGGGAGGAUUCUUUCCUUUGUUGCACUGAUGGAGCAGAUCACGAAAUAUCGCCCUGAUCCAGAGCCAUUUCUCGCUCCUUCUCUUCGUCUUCGACAUGGAUUCUUCUUCUUUCUCUCCCGUAUAUGAUCCGAAGGGAGAGGGUGACGCAGGUGAGCUUCAUGUCUUGGCUGUUGAUGAUAGCGUCGUGGAGAGGCUGUUCUUAGAGAGAAUGUUGAAGAAUUCUGAAUACAAAGUAACUACGGCAGAAAAUGGAGUGAGGGCACUGGAAUAUUUGGGUCUUCUUGGAGGUGCAGAAGAAGGCAACCAAAAUAAAACAGAUUUGAAGGUGAAUUUGAUAAUCACUGACUACUGCAUGCCAGGCAUGACUGGCUAUGAGCUGCUGAAGAAGAUAAAGGAAGUAUCGUACUUAAAGGAGAUUCCUGUGGUGGUCAUGUCUUCAGAAAACAUCCCAACACGAAUAAAGAAAUGCUUAGAAGAAGGGGCCGAAGAGUUCAUGUUGAAGCCAAUCCAACAAUCUGAUGUGAAGAGACUGAGAUGCCAUGUGAAGAGCCUUAACCAGCCUUCCCCUGGCAGGUUAUGCCUGGGAAUAUAAGAGAGCUUACUGAGAUAAAUAAAACUUAUAAUUAUUAGUCUCUUUUUCUUUAAAUAUUUCCCGUUUUAAUCUUGUUUCAAUAUUUGAAAAUAAUUAAACUUGACCUGACAAAGAAACUUUGAUGCAUCAUCAACUUUAUUUGCUGGUGUUUUUUAAUG